AUGUACGAUUACAUUAGCAGACAAUGCCCUCUUCUAGAACAAUUUGCUUUAGCUGAGCGAAAAUUUGAUGAUACGGAAAUGGACCUAAGCUUCUUCCUGGCUCAUUGGAAAAAUACUUUCAUAAACAACAAAGCUCUGGAAUAUUUGUCUAUUUGUAGAAACCUCCAAGAACUACGCAUAUGUUACUCAGAUGAAUCGGCAGUUAAUGACGAAGGAAUUCUUGCUCUUGCACGCGGAUGUAUUCAACUGAAGAAGGUCGAUUUUGAGGGAUGUUUAGGGAUCACAGACUAUGGAAUUAUGGAGCUUUCUCGGCAUUGCCAUGGUCUCAGCUUUAUCAAUCUUUGCCACUGUCAUCAUAUCACAGGAUUUGGGUUUAGUGCUCUGGUAAUUAAUUGUCCAAGACUUCAGGAGGUUCAGAUGUACAGUUGUCCUUUUGUUAAACAGGUUGUUCUAUAUAAUGAUGAACAUUUUGCAGAAGUUUCUAUCGCCUCUCUGUAUGAAAAUAGGGCAGUAGUUGAUACUAAGUGCGAUUGUAUUGAAAUCUACAACUCAUGGGAAUCAUGGGAAUCAUACAGCGAAUCAAGGUGCUGUCCUAGAGUCAUUCAAGGCCAAAACGAAAUCAAAUUUUUUUAUGGGUUAACAGAUGAAAUGAUCAAGCAAAGCAGUCAAAGGAAUCAAUAUAAAGAGACUAAAACUGAAUUUCAAUUAACCAACAUGGAGGACAUGAAUUUAUCAAAAGCCCUUUCACCAAUUCAUCCAAUACAAGUUCCAUUCGACUGCUCUCGGAUACAAAAACUGGAUCUUUCAAAUUGUAGGAGAAUUUGCGAUUCAGAUGUUUUGAGGAUCUGCAAAUAUUUUCCAGAAAUAAGAAAUUUCAGUCUUGCGCACAACUUCAAGUUAUCAGAUACAAGCAUUAUGGCUACGGCCAGACAUCUAACACUGCUGAAGGUUUUGGACUUGGAAGACGUAAUUCAAAUACUAGCAGACAAUCAGAAGCAUUCCACAAAUUGUCCAAUGGACAGUUGA